AUGCGGAUGCAUAUGUUCGGCCUUGUGGCCGUGGCUGCCUCGGCUACGACUUCAUACGUCGAUAAGCUAUCGGCCAACUCCAAAGAGCUUUUCACUGAAAGCAUGGACUGGAUGGAUACAUAUUAUGAUAGCAGAGCUGGAUAUUUGUACGACUUCAGCGGCGCGGCAGCUCUGCGACACGAGACUCGGAGCUCGGCAUGGUACGCUUUCGGACUGUUAGCUCGCAACAAGGGUCGCGACGCUUCCGAAGCCGAAAAGAUUAUCAGAAACAUUAUCGCUGGGCAACAUAAAAAUCCUGCGGAUGAGUGGUACGGCGCGUACCAAAUAACACCCGAGGAGCCGUCGGUGGGAUCAGCCAGUUAUUCUGCUAAUAUAUACAACUCAUGGGACCCCAACUGGAGAGGUUUCGUUGGAACGACUUUCAUCAUGGCUCUUGAAGAGUUCCCAAAGCUCAUCAGCAAGACAACCCAGGACUUGAUGCUUGAGUCCCUCCACAACGCUACCAAGGGCGACGAGUAUCGCUUUGGUAACCUAGAUCCCAAAAAAGAUAACCUGUACCCGUCCUACAGCAAUCCAGUCAUCAUGCGAGCUUUCAUGUCAGGAUGGACUGGACGACGUCUGAAGGAGUCAAACAUGACAAGAAGCGGCGAGCGAUAUGCCAAAGACAUUAUCAACCUAUUUAAUCGUGCCAAUACUCUCUCUGAGUUCAACUCAGGUACCUACACUGGCGUCUCACUGUACGGCCUUACGCUGUGGAGUAAAUAUCUUCCUAAAGACUCGAUUAUGGCAAAGUCGGGGCCUGAGAUGAUUAAACAUACUUGGGAGGCAGUGGGAGAACUUUGGCAUCCGAAGAUGAAGAACAUGGCUGGUCCUUGGGAUCGCGCGUAUGGGUAUGAUAUGAACCGGUAUCUGAGUCUUAUGGCGCUUUGGUUCUGGGCAUUUAUCGGCAAAGAGAACUCUUCUCUCAUCCAAAAGCCCCAAGUUAUGUCCCACUCGGCCGACUACGCAUGGGCACCUCUAUUUGCAGCAUUGUCCAAGACCCAUGAGAAGCUCAUCCCCAAGCAAGUUCUCCAAGGUCUCAAGACCUUUAAGGGAGAGCACAAUUUUACAGCCAGCACUUACUACCCACCAUUCGACACUGUCCCCCGAAACAUUUCGACUUGGGUUUCAGAGGAUCUUACCAUUGGUGCACAGUCGUUUAGACAGAUAUCGCUCGGUGGACCUGCUCAGAGUCAGGAAUCGUAUAACCCCGCUGUCGUUCAAUGGAAUACUGGAAAGGAGAUAUCGUUCAUCUCGCUUUACCCAACCGAGACCGCUUUGGACGUUCAAGUCACCCCGGGUAAACUUCAUCUUUCGUACCCACGUGGAAACUCGAGCUCGAAGUUCUCUUUGUUGGUGGGAACUUUUAUUGAAAAGCCUACUAUUAAGAGUUGGGACGAUUUGCCAAACUUGCGCGUUAACGUCUCUGGCAACGUUGAUCCCAACUUUGAGUUGAGCUUUGGUGGUGCCUAUGGUGGAGCUUCGCAGACUGUGAGGGACUUUGAGUUGUGGAACUUUACCUACACUAUGCCCACCGGCUUUGAAGGCACACCGAGCUUGACUCUUGAUUUGAAGACAUUGCAAUAA